CAUGAAGAUGAAGAUUUAUCUGACUCGUGUAAAUUUAUAUCCAAAGAAAGUGCUGCUAAAAUUCAUUUGCAGUCAACGCCGGGUGGCGAUCGUAUCGGACUUCUUACAAUCAUUGGACUUCUUCAUCGCGACGACAAAUCCCAAAAGCCGCUGCUGCCUCGAUCCUUCCUCAACCAUUCAAUUCAAGAGUACCCUUUAGGCCUCAUUGUUGCACCAAUGAAAAGUAGAACACAAAAACCAUUUUCAACAACAAAUCUAGUUCUCAUUGUAGCAGAGGAUGAAACUAUUGAAUCUGAAACUAAUGAAUCUGCCAUUUUUAAACAUGGAGAAGCUCUUCUAGUGGAUCCUGGAUGCUCUGUUCAACAGCACUCUGAUCUUGAAGAUCUCAUUAAUGCUCUCCCCAGAAAACUUCUUGUUUUUCUCACCCAUCAUCACUACGAUCACAUUGAUGGUCUUUCCGUCAUCGAUAAAUGCAACCCCGAUGCCAUUUUGUUAGCUCAUCCGAAUACGCUGCGACGAAUCAAUACUACAAGUUGGUCUCACGAGUCUCUCCCAAUUUCCGGCGGCGAGACAUUACAGAUCGGUAGACAGAAACUAGAAAUUGUGUUUGCACCCGGACACACCGACGGCCACGCUGCUCUUCUCCAUCUGAAUUCAAACUCUCUCAUCGUCGGCGAUCACUGUGUCGGUCACGGGAGCGCUGUUCUUGACAUAACGAGCGGCGGAAAUAUGAAGGAUUAUUUUGAAACAACUUAUAAUUUUUUGGAUCUAAAACCAAAUGUUUUGAUUCCUAUGCAUGGGAGAGUAAAUUUGUGGCCUCAAAAUAUGCUGUGUGGGUAUCUGAAGCAUAGAAGGGAGAGAGAAUUGAGAAUUCUGAAAGCUAUUGAAGAUGGGGCAGAAACUCUAUUUGAUAUCGUUGCCAAAGUUUAUGCAGAUGUAAGCAGAAGUUUGUGGCUUGCUGCUUCAUCAAAUGUCAAGCUUCAUGUUGAUCAUUUGGCUUAUCAGAAUAUGUUGCCAAAGGGUUUUAGUUUGGAGAAUUUUAAUAAUAGCUAUGAUGAUUUUUUAAAAAAGAUUUCUAGUUUGUGAGCUUUAGGAAUUAGAAUUAUAUUUGGUGUGAGUUGUAUUGGAUUUGAAAAAUAAAGUAAGAUUUAUAUACAUACCACUCAAUUCUUAUGUUUUUA